AUGGGUGGUAGACCAGUACCGUGCGGCCAAAUGGGCACCGGUGGUUGUCCUUUCAAGGGCAUGGCCGGUGCAAAUGCAAAUAUGCCGGCGAAUUUUGCUUCUGGACCUGGUGUUUCAAGCCAGAAACCGGGAGCAGCAUCCGGCUUUAGUAUGUGUCCGUUCAAAGGUAUGGGUGGCGGAAGCCCUUUGUGUCCGUUUGCUGCCAUGAUGGGUCAAAAUCCAACACCGGUAGCCAGCAGUAGCGGAAACAAUGCGCCGCAAGAGUCGGCACCACAACCAGCAUUUCCUGGUAUGCUUGAAGCUUCUUUAACUCUCACAGGCCCAGAAAAGUCCUGGUAUUUUCGAAGAUUUUUAUUAGAUUACACUUGCUUUAAAAAAAGUAUCCCCUUCCGUGAGCGUGCAGUGAGCCGCGUGAAAGACUAUGAUUUUUACUUGGGCAAACUGUAA